CAUCAUUUGUUUAGUAGUUAGUUAUGUACAUAGAAACAAGCGAAGUCUGAAGUUCAUCAUCAUGCCGGAACUGACGCUAGAGGAAGACACACUCGGCGAGAAGUGCCGACACUUCAACAAACUCGUCGCAGACGCAGUCGCUAGCAAACAUUAUGAACUAACGCCGAUUGGUGACACAGACAGCGACAUAGACAACCUUCUGAAAAUAGAAAUCGCGUGUAAAGCCAGAAAUGUAGACUACGUCAUCGAAGUAAUGAAAUCCAAAGACAUGCUGUAUGCGGCGACAGCUAUUAAAAAGUCCACGUGGCUAAUCACCGACCCGCAGUACGCACACAUCAUCAACCCUGAGUACCUACACACACAACUAAAACCUUACAUGACCACCAAAGCAUUUAACAAACUCAUGCUUCACGUCAGACUCAAUCUGAAAGAUGAAAGUCGAGUCGAAGCCUUUUAUGAACACUUCAAAGAUACAGAUAGCGGCUGUAAAUGGCUGCAGAACUGUUCCAUACCUUUCAUUGAAAAUGUCUUAAAAAACAAAGGCCUCAUACCAGUGUGGCUUUUUAAACGGUUAUGCGUGAGAUCUGCACGAUUCCUGUCAUUAUAUGCGCAUGUAGAACCGCAUGAAGGCGAUGCUGAACAAGCCAGUAAAUAUUACACAUAUAUUGCAUUUAUGUUAAAGUCACAUACUGAAGAUGUGCUUAAAAUGCUAGAAGACCAGAGGCAUGAACAUUUACCCAAGUUAAGUAAAAAGAAAACUGAAAUCCUAAUGAAAAAAUAUCGUCAAAAAGUUUUAGCUAAUUUCGAUAGGUACAUUGGAUCUCUUGACUUGGCCGUGUUCACAAAAUAUUUACAGAAAAAUGAAAUUAAGACAUAUCUUUAUAAAGCAAUGAAACACCUGGGUGAGGAGGAUAUUUGCAAGCUUGACACAUGGAAGCAUUUUCUAAACAACAUGCCAAAAGAAGAUAAAAGUAAAUUUAUUAAAAAUACUUUAAUAGAUCAAAUUGAAAUGGACUCGUUACUUAAUGGCCAACAGCAAUAUGAAGUUAACAAUAAGAUUAAAAAUCAUCAAUGGUACGAAUUUGUCCCAUUUGAUGAGGCGUUUUCUGAUUUUAAAAACAAAAUGUCUCAGAAAACCAAGCCGUCAGAACGUUGGGGCUUGUUAUCAACUUUGAUAUUAUGUGCUAAAACCAAUAUAGAAAACAUUAAGAAAUUGGUUAAAUAUGUUGCGGAAAACCACAUUAAUGAACCUUUUAAAUUCAAAAAAGAGUUUGUUAAUACUCUGCUAUCAAAUGUGUCUAUCCAUGAGUUCGAUGUUGAACACUGGAAUUACUUGGACCAACUGUUUCACAGUAUGGAAGUGUACGUCGAAUCAAAAAAAAGAAAGAUGCAAUUGUCUCUGCAAGCUGUUAUUUUGUACAAUGUAUUGCACAAUAAACCAGUACCGGAAAUAGUAGAACAAAAAAAUGCAUCUCAUGAUUUCACAAACCUGCAUAAAACCUUAAACGAAGAACAAAAAAGCAAAUUAUUCACCUACAUCUUGGACACCUUAUGGGUAAAGAUUAAAACCGAAGAUAUUGAAAAUCAAUCUGAUUUUGACGACACUUUACACAAGAUAGAGAAUGUGCUUAUUUUGUUAAAAGAUUUUAAUAAAACACUCACUGAUUACCCAUUCGUGAUUGAAAAAAUCCGAGAACUAAUUAAGAUAAAAGAAGAGAACGAAUGGACCACAGACAUGUCAUGCUUAUACAAUGUGAACAAAUCGUGGCGCAAGUACAUGUUUGAGGAGUCGCUGUCGCUCUCUCUGUGCGAGGAAACGUGCCUGAACGCUCUGAAGCACAAGCCACAGCUGCUGACGCGUCACGACAAACAAAUACACACGUUGCGGACUGACGACGCGGUCUCACUGCGGCGUGUGCUCGCGAAGCUGCGCGUCUACUGGCCGGACUCACUCGCCCGACACUGGACGGAAGCUUACAUGCAAAGUUUAAAUGAAGCUACAGGACAUAAAGCUGUAAUUGAAGGUUUAUUCGUCCUUAUGUCCGAAAGCCAAAUCAAAGAAUUUUCAAGUAAAUAUGUUCCAAAUAAUUACAAAAUAAAUUGGGGCCUUACAGACCACACUGAAGUUAACAUUCGGAAAAAUAUCGCAAAAUAUUUGCACAUAGCCAGGCCCCUCGUACCACUGGAUGUAGUGUUGUGGUACGCUAAGGAAGAUUAUUUACAGUUUACGGUGCCGUCCCUGAAUGCUAUAUUAUCCAAUCUGAGUGAAACUGAGAGUCGAAAAUAUUUGCCACAAUUCUUGGAUGCACCUGUUUCAUUACUAAAAUUCGGACUUCUUCUAGUGUUUUUAAAAUUUGAAGCUAGUGAUCUUAUCAACAUAUUCACAAAUGUCUGGAACACCACAAAGAAUCCUUCGUUGAAGUCUGUUAUUUUUAAACAUACUUAUAGAAAAAUUCGCGAUGAAAAAAAUAUUUCUGUUGUUAAAGAGCUUUGGAACUUACUAAAUACAAUUUUGGAUGAGUUAAGUUUUGAACAAAAAAUAAAUAUUUAUAAAAAAUUUAAUAACAUUGAAACUGUUCCCAUCAGUAUACAAGCUAAUAUGUUCAUGAAAAGUUAUGAAUUUUUUACUUCACUACCUGAUACACAUGACAAUGAGUCAUUUAUUUACAAAUUAUUCCAAUGUGCGCCAAAAGUAAUGGGAUCACUUGAUGAAGAUUUCGUCGCAGAAAAGUUACUAUCACCAGCAGGCUCAAAAUUCUGUACAAACAACAGUGUGUAUAUUGACUCAUUUGCAUGUUACGUCUUAUUUGGAGAUAGCGAAGAAGACCAAGUUCUGAGAUUUAAAAAAGUUUUGCAUCCAGCAAUGGAAGAAGUUUUUAAGUGUUGGAAACAAGAUUUUUAUGGAACUUUUUACGUUCAAAAGCAAUUAAACCAGUUGUUGAAUUCCUUGGCCUGGUAUUUCAGAGUAUAUUUUACUUUAAAUAAGGUGCACAUACCCACGCAACUGUUUGCAGAAAUUGAAACAACAUUAGAACAAGGACUUCCAGCUAUAAAAAGCUAUGUAGUUUACACGAGUUGGAAACUUGUGACGGAGUACAUUAAAUGUCUGAAAGAACAUAGCAGCGUGUCUGAUGCCUUUAAGAUGAGCAAUUUUUCUUUUUCACAUCUUACUCAACGCGAAGCAUCUUAUUCCGAGCAACAAUACAUGUCACAAGAAGCGGAAAGUAUUUGGAAAGAUAUUCAUCGCAAAUUGUCACCCACAUUUGGACCAAAGGUCGUGAACUUUUUGAAAGAAGACUAUGAACGCUACAGCCCUACUAUAUUCAAUCUAUUCACGGAUGCUUUCGAAAGAAUGUUUGAAAUCUUGGGUUUCUAUAAUAGUGACUUUGUUCUAGAAACCGUAAAAUAUAUGUUAGAUGACCAAGAUUUUAUUCCUAUUUAUUUAGUUGUGUCUAAAACCAUUGCUAAAUAUUGUGAUCCAUAUUAUAAUAAACCGUAUGAUAAAUCUAUGAUGACAGAAAUACGUGAAAAACUCAGAGCAAAUCCGUCCGAGUUAGUGAAGGUACAUUAUUGUAAUGAUUUUAGGGAUAGACUAGACAAAUAGUCUUAUCAUCUUAUUGAGAGGAUUGAAAUUAUAUUUUACAAUAGUAGUAGGUAAUAAUAACCUGUUUUACAUGCCUGUUUGUUACCUAUCCAAUUACAUUUUUAUUAAAGUGUUUGAACAAGUUA